AAAGCCCACGAAUUAUGAAAGCAAAAGGAGUAAAAAAACCCUAGUUUCCUUGCUAUCUCAUAAAUUGCAGGUGCAGCAGCAGAGAGUGCGGUAGGCUCAUCCGAGACCGGAAGCAGCAAUGGGGAUCGAUCUCAAGGCCGGAGGUAAAAGCAAAAAAACCAAAAGAACAGCACCCAAGUCCAAUGAUAUCUAUCUUAAGCUCUUGGUCAAGCUUUAUCGCUUCCUUGUUCGGAGAACUGGCAGCAAAUUCAAUGCCGUUAUACUCAAGAGAUUGUUCAUGAGCAAGGUUAACAAGCCCCCAUUGUCUUUGUCAAGGUUGAUUAAGUAUACCAAGGGGAAGGAAGAUAAGAUUGCUGUGGUGGUGGGCAAUAUAACCGAUGAUAUUCGUGUUUAUGAAGUUCCAGCCUUAAAGGUCACAGCACUCAGGUUUACAGAGACUGCUCGGGCAAGAAUUGAGAAGGCAGGUGGUGAAUGCUUGACGUUUGAUCAGUUGGCUCUCAGGGCUCCUCUGGGACAGAACACGGUCCUUCUUAGAGGCCCAAAGAAUGCUCGUGAAGCUGUGAAGCACUUUGGUCCUGCUCCUGGUGUGCCUCACAGCCACACCAAGCCUUAUGUUCGAGCAAAGGGAAGGAAGUUUGAGAGGGCUAGAGGAAGGAGGAACAGCAGAGGAUUUAGGGUUUGAUGUGAUAAAUAGUGUUCUAUUCUCUGAAAUUCAAAAUUUCCUUAUAUCUUAGACGGUUGAAGCAGUUUUCUUGUUAUUUGUGUUCUGAUAAUAUGAUUUUCAGUUUGAAGUUGUCAUUCUUGGCUCCUUUAUUCUCCCAGUGAAGUAAGUGUCUGUUUGUGCUUUAACUCAGUUUUGAUGCUAGAGAAUUGAUAAUCGUUAAUUACGUGAUGCAUGCUUGUUCUUUAUGAAUUAGA